GAACGGCUGAGGAAAAAGAAGGAGGAAGAGGCAGGUAUCUUUGCAGUUCUACAAGAAGUGUGGGCCAAUCGAAAAGCCAAGCGACGCCAAGAAGCCUACACGCGACAUUACGAUUUUGUAUCCAAAGGAGUUGUUGAACUGAUCUUGCAGUUUGUGGAACAGGUUGUUCGAUAUCGCGCAUACACUGGA